AUGUUAGAGGUCAGAACAGACGAUGUAUGGUUUUAUAGCUGUACUGCUGAGUUUGAUUGUGCAGCAGAUAUCUGCUUUGCCGCUUGGGAUGAAGACACAGAUCUGGACAUUGCUGAGAUAAACAAAGGUUUAGGUCUGAAUCUGCAUGAGGGAGACAUAAAACUAGACCGUGACAGGAACAUUGUUCUGGAAGACCACUACAGAUGGGAGAUACCAGUCCCAUACGUGUUUGAUGAGAGCCUUGACCUGAAUGCCAGGGGAGUUGUUCUACGGGCUUUUGAGCAGAUAAGGCUGAAAACGUGCAUCGACUUCAAACCCCGGGAAGAUGAACCCAACUACAUUGUAGUCAUCCAGGACGAUGGAUGUUGGUCUUAUGUUGGGAAUCAACGUCAGGGAAGCCAAAACCUCUCUAUUGGACAGUGGUGUGAUCUCCUCGCCAUUGUGGAGCAUGAGUUUCUUCAUGCACUGGGCUUCUGGCAUGAACAGUCGAGAUAUGACAGAGAUGACUAUGUGACCAUUCUUUGGGAAAACAUUGAAAAAGGAGAGGAACAUAAUUUCUUAAAGCACAGUUCAAACUACACUACCACGCUUGGGACAAUGUAUGACUACACAUCUGUGAUGCACUAUGGUAAAGACGCCUUCUCUAAUGGCAAUGGAUCCACCAUCAUCACUAACCUGCCACAGUAUCAAGAUGUAAUUGGCCAACGUCAAGAAAUGAGCUCUAAUGAUGUCCUGAAGCUCCAGAAGCUUUAUAACUGCACAUCUGCCGUCACCUUUCUGGCAUCAUGCAGCUUUGAGGAUGAGAGAGUGUGUGAUGUGACUCUUUGUGCUACAGGAAAUGUCAGCUGGGAGAGAGUCGCCAGCAUUGAAGCUGGGCCCUUCUCGGACCACACCAGCCUGAGUCCACUGGGAGAAAACCAGAUGGAGUCUGCUGAUGGAAAUGACACAACAACAAAUCAAAAUGGUGGGGGCUUCUUCAUGCACUGCAGCACAGCUUCUGGAAAAGAGGGGGAUGGCACCAAAAUGCAGAGCAGGAAAAUGAAUCCAAAGAGACAGCUUCAGUGCCUCCAGUUUUUCUGUUUUCACAGUGGGAGUGACCAAGACCAACUCAACAUCUGGAUCAGAGAAUAUGACGGGGAUUCUAAGGAAACCACCUAUCUAAUGGGGCAGAUCAUAGGUCCACCAACAUAUCACUGGCAGCUCAAGCACAUUGCCCUGAAUGCCACCAGGCCCUUCCAGGUGGAGUUUGAGGUUCGUAAAGGAGCAGGAAACCCCUCUGGGGGGUUUUCCAUCGAUGACAUGAACAUAUUUGAAACAGCAUGUCCGCAUCAUGUUUGGCAUAUUCCCUACUUUGACCACUUUCUGACCAACAGCAGUGUUGGCACAAGCUUACUGAGCCCACGGUUCUUAACUAGACAGAGGUACGGGCUCCAGCUCCUGCUCUAUCUCUACCCUAAUCACUUCGGAGUUUUCUUCAGGCUGGUGUCUACAGACCAUGAUGACCAGCUCCAGUGGCCAUGUGCAUGGAGACAGGUGACUGUCACACUGCUAGACCAGAGUCAUCACAUCCAGCAGCGUAUGUCGAAGGAGAUCAGCAUCACAACUGAUUUAGAGAGAAUGUUCACUGGAGAUAAUGGAGAAAUAUUUCACUACUGGGACAACCCCAGGAAGGUGGGGGAUCUCAUCACUGACGCCAGUGGAGAGUCAUACUAUGCUGGUCCAAACCUCGGCUACAGAAAGUUCCUGUCAUUUGAUACAUUUUGGUCUGGAAACUUUAUGAAAGAAAACAGCGUCUUCUUCCUCCUCAGCUUUGAAGAUGUAUCAAAUCUGCGACUGAGUUACUCAGACUUUCCUAAACUUCACACGUGGUCUAACUUGAGCCAUGUGACUCUGAUACAGGCAGAUGAUGAUGGAACCUGCUUAAAUCAACCAACCAUCUUAAACCAAGUGCUGGUAAACAUUACAGCUCCUGCCUCAUUUGCAACAUCGUUUGCCACAAGUCUGCCCACAGAAACCAUGUUGCCCAUGCUGACCUCCUCAGUGACCCUGAUGGCAGGAAUUCUGCUCAUGACACCCUGAAAACAUUAGGCGGUUACCAGUUUGCUUUGACACCACACUUCAAGAACUAAGAGGAUUAAGCAAAUGGGGAAGAAAAACAAGAACAG